AAACUUGAUAAAUUACGUGCUGAAACCGAUGCCGCAGUUCAGCGCGCAGAAGAAGCGGAAGCUCAAUAUAAAAAAAUCGAACAAGAAUUGACUGCGAAAGAGCAGGAGAAUAUUUCUCUUCAAAAUAAAAUUGCGCUUUUAGAAGCUGAAGUCGAACGAGCAGAGAAAAAAAUCUCGGAUGCUAAACUUGCUAAGGAAGAAGAAGAAAAUACUAAGAACGUCUCAGAAGAUGUUAAGGCAGAACAUUUUGAACGUAAGGUUCAACAACUUGAAACGGAAAAAGCAGAAUUAGAAAAGCAGCUCGAAGAAAUGACUUGCAAAUAUCAGGAAGCCGAGAAAAAAUAUGACGAGGCAAUUAAACAACUUGAUGAAUUUUAA